CAUUCAUAUAUAUUCACUCUCUUGCAUAAACUUCUCUCUCUCUCUCCCUCCUCUGCCUUCUUCUUCAUCAUCUCUCUCUCUCUCAGCCUCUGCAGUUUUUCCUUUUUGGGUUCUUUCUUCCUGCUUCAAUCUCUUUUCUCCCUAUUGUCAGACCCUUUGACCCGUGAACAUGCUAGUGGCAUUGCUCUUGCUGGUGGCACUGAGCAAUGAAGCAAGAGUACUGAAUGGUGAAAGAGGUGAUAGGCAGUGUGAGUUUAAUCCAGCAUUAAAGCCAAGACCUCAUAGUGUCUCAAUUUUGGAGUUUGGUGCAGUUGGUGAUGGUAAAACAUUGAACACUAUUGCAUUCCAGAAUGCCAUCUUCUAUCUCAAAUCAUUUGCUGACAAAGGUGGUGCUCAACUAUAUGUACCCCCUGGAACAUGGCUUACUCAGAGUUUCAAUCUCACUAGCCAUCUUACUCUCUUUCUGGAAAAAGGUGCUGUCAUUAUUGGAUCUCAGGAUCCUUAUCAAUGGGAUGUUGUCGAUCCAUUACCUUCUUAUGGCCGAGGACUUGAAGUUCCUGGUGGAAGAUAUCAGAGCUUGAUAAAUGGAUACAUGUUACAUGAUGUGGUCAUAACAGGUAAUAAUGGAACCAUUGAUGGCAUGGGAUUGACUUGGUGGGAAUCAUUUAAAUCUCAUUCCUUGAACUAUAGCCGUCCUCAUCUGGUUGAAUUUGUAGCAUCUAAUGAUGUGGUAGUUUCAAAUCUUACAUUCUUGAAUGCCCCUGCAUAUAACAUUCACCCAGUUUAUUGCAGCAAUGUACAUAUUCAUAAUAUUUCAAUCUUUGCUCCUCCAGAAUCUCCUUAUACUGUUGGCAUAGUACCAGAUUCUUCUGAUCAUGUUUGCAUAGAGGAUUGUACGAUUGCAACCGGCUACGAUGCAAUUUCUCUCAAAAGCGGCUGGGACGAAUAUGGAAUUGCCUACGGCCGACCGACCGAGAAUGUACACAUCCAAAGGGUGCAUCUACAAGCAUCUUACGGUGCUACUCUUGCAUUUGGUAGUGACAUGUCUGGUGGCAUUUCAAAUGUUGUUGUAGAACAUGUUUAUCUCUACAACUCAAAAGGUGGCAUCAAUUUCAGAACAAGCAGAGGAAGAGGUGGUUAUAUGAAAGAAAUCAUUAUAACAGACAUAGUAAUGAAGAAUAUCUACACAGCAAUUUCUGCCACUGGUUACUGUGAUUCUCAUCCUGAUGACAAAUUUGAUCCUAAUGCUCUUCCACUUUUGGAUCACUUUAUUUUACAAGAUAUAAUUGGAACAAACAUCACUAUUGCUGGAAGCUUUGCUGGAAUACAAGAAUCUCCAUUCACAAACAUAUGCUUAUCUAAUAUAACCUUGUCUGUAAAUUAUGCUUCCUCCACUACUUGGGAAUGUUCAAAUGUCUAUGGAUUUUCAGAUUCUGUUCUCCCCAAACCAUGUCCUGAUCUUGACAGCCCUUCAAAUUCUUCCUUAUCUUGUCUCAACAUGCUGAGUAUCGUUGGAAAAACUGCGGUUUCCAGCUCGAUGUCGAUGAAAAAGUGAAUAGCUUGGUAUCUAAGAAAUCAGAUGAAGUCACAUUCUUUCCAAUAAGACAUUUAUUUGGAUCAUUUAUAUUUAUUUUUUUCAUCCUUAGAUUUGCAUUCUUGCAUGCUGCUAGCAGCAUAUUUUUUGUACAGUUUUAUUUCUUCAUUCAUGUGUAUUCAAAUUUUGGAAAUCAACAUUAAUGUCUCCUUUGAGUUUAAAGUUGCGAUAAAUGUUGAAAUUAUUUUUCAUGAUGAGACAA